AUGCGUUCCUCUACCUCAACUAUACUGCUGACAAUAGGUCUAGCCCUCGACCAUGCCGCUGCCCAAGUAACCAUUAACACAGCCACCAAAUACCAAGCUAUCGACGGAUUCGGUUUCUCCGAAGCCUUUAGGUUUGGUAUAGCUGUACAAAAUGCGCCAACCACCCAACAGAAUCAGGCUCUCACUUAUCUGUUUGACAAGACCAAAGGUGCUGGUCUGACGAUUUUGAGGAAUCGGAUUGCAGCGGAUCCGGGAAAUACUAUUGAGCCUAAUAGUCCGGGGUCACCUUCGGCUAAGCCAACGUAUAGAUGGGAUGGGAAUGAUCAAAGUCAGGUGUUUUGGUCGCGAAAGGCGCGUGAGAUGGGAGUGGAGUAUAUCUAUGCGGAUGCGUGGAGUGCUCCGGGUUUCAUGAAGACAAACAAUAACUAUGAAAACGGCGGCCACCUCUGUGGCGUGGCCGGUGAGACUUGCUCUACCGGAGACUGGAGACAAGCAUAUGCCAAUUACUUGGUCAAAUACCUUCAAGACUAUGAAAGUGAAGGUGUCACCGUCGACUUUGUGGGAUUUUUGAAUGAACCGGAAUUCGCUGCAUCCUACGAUGCAAUGCUGUCAGACGGAACGCAAGCUGCAUCUUUCAUACCGAUCCUCCAUUCCACAAUCCAGGCAGCCGGUCUCAAGACUGGCAUCGUCUGCUGCGACGCGGAGGGCUGGAAUGACCAGGUCACUUACACAAAGCAAAUCAUCGCGGCCGGAGCGGAAAAGUACCUUUCCCGUAUUUCGUCACAUUGGUACACCUCCAAGGGGACUUCGCCUAUCAACACCACCUUGAGGGUGUGGGAAACUGAGUAUGCGGAUCUGGACGAUGCGUUUAGUACAACCUGGUAUUCCUCCGGUGCCUUUAAUGAGGGCUUCACAUGGGCCGGUUAUAUCUACGAAGGUUUGGUGGACUGUGAUCUUAGUGCUUUCCUUUAUUGGGUUGGAGCACAAUCCAACAGCAAUGCCGCCGGCCUCGUUACUCUCGUAGGCUCCGGUUCAUCCACUACCGUGACUCCUUCUGCAACACUUUGGGCAUUUGCGUUAUUCUCUCGUUACAUUCGUCCCAAUGCUGUCCGCGUAGCCACUUCAGGUGCACCAGCUAACACCAAAGUUGCAGCUUUUACUAACACUGACGGCACUGUCGCCGUGGUGAUGCUCAAUGAGGGCUCCGCAAGUCAAAGUAUAACCGUCGGUGGUGUAAUAGUUGCUUCUGUCAAGGCAUAUGUCAUGGACAAUUCUGUCUCCUCGCCUGCAGCUCUGUCCGCAUCGAUUAGCAAUGGUCAUGUCCAAGCGACUCUUCCAGCUCAUUCACUGGUGACAUUUGUGAUCACCACUUAG